UAUAAAUUCAGUUCAUAACAGCGUUUUCCGUUGACGAACAUCAUGAUGUCAAUAAAGCUUUGCCUGUUUUUGGUGGUUAUUGCAAUGUUUGCAUACAACGUGCAUUCAGCGGCCAUACCCAUAAACGACGAUGAGGAUUUAGAAGCUGCAAGACCUGCCCCGGUCGGCAGUGCUGGUGCAAAUAAGAAUGCCAAUAACCGCAACCAUCAAGCCGCUCCGAAGAACAAAAAUCAAGUGGCUAAAAAACAGAAAGCCACUUCGAAUGCUCCAAGAAAAGCAAACAACCCCAAUCAAAACAAUAGCAUCAAGAAAAAAGCCGCAACUAACCCAAACAAUGGAAAUCCGGAAACCACUCCUGGAACCAAAAAUACUCGCAGCAAGCAGGUUGAGGUUCCGAAGAAAAAACCAGACUUGCAACAAAGCGCGAAGCCCGAAAAUGUACUUUCUAAAAAACCAACCAAUAACGCGAAAAUUGGAGUACCUUCAAUCAUUCCUGCACCUUCUAUUCCAUUAAAAACUGCAGAUAAUAAGCAAGUAAUUGAUCAAGCACCUUCUGGUGAAAUACAAAAGCCCAGCAUCAACAGCGUGUCUGUAUCCGAUCCUAAUGCAGCAAUCGCCAAUGCUCGUCCUCCUCCUCCUUCUCCAAUUAAAGAACCCUCAAUUCCCGAGAGUACGCCUGGUCCACGUGUUAGUGAAGUGGUGACGACGAAAGUACCAAAUAUUUCAGCGAUAAUUGCAGAUCCAAUGGCAAUGAUGCCUCCAGGCGGCAUGAGUAUGCCAGGCAUGCCUCCCAUUGAUAUGAACACCCUCCAAGGCAUGGCUUCGGGAAAUGCUGGAUUGGCGGGUUUGUCAGACGAACAGAGCAAGAUGCUCACGUUGAUGAAAAGCCAAGGGUCAAUGCCCCCUAUGGAUCUUUCGCAAUAUGCAGGAAUGCUACCGGCUGGUGCACAGCUUCCCAACAUAAAUAUUUCUCCUGGCUAUGGAGGACCAUCAAUGGCUGGAAUUCCAAUGGCUGUUAUGCCCAAACCUGCCUAAGUUAUUCUGUUCAAUUAAGUUAAAAUUCAACCCAAUUAUUGCAUAAUUAAAGAAAAAUUAAUUAAUUAAUUUUCACAAUAAAAUAUGAAAAAAUAAUAAAAUACAUUUUUAUGAACA